AUGAAAGGGGACUGUGACGAUCUCUGUCUGGAACCCGUAGGUGCGGGACUCGGAAGUAGAGCCCACCACCUCCUGGGGCUCGUGUGCCCAAACUCUGCUUUGGGAGACUGGGGUAGUUCUUCUGCGGCCCCGACCACGGCGAUCUCCGGGUUUGGAGUCCGUGUGCCUCCUUUUACCAACUUCGAGGUUAACUCCGGAACUGGAGCCCCUAGGGUUACGGUGGCUAGCGGGAAGGACUUGCGGCAGAGGUUAGCUGGUCCUUUACCCGCCAGCGACCCCGAGGUCUUGGACAUACUCAGGACCGACUUCUUGGACCCUCCCUCCAACCUGCCCUACAACUUUACCUCCAAUUUCCUGGUGGAAGGCCAGCACAGCUUUACGUGGCCCUGGAUCUUCAACCAUCUAAAAGAAAUAUUUUCCGAGCAGCGAGAUGGGUUCUUCGUAGAGGCUGGAGCGCUGGACGGUGUGUAUCUCUCCAACACACUCUGGCUGGAGAUGUCACUCGGAUGGAGAGGACUCCUCAUUGAGCCGGACAAGGACAGCUACAAAGCCCUCAGAUCAAAGCAUCGUAAAUCCUGGACCUCAAACACUUGCCUUUCUUCCGAGCCCUUCCCCAAGAAAAUUAUCAUGGUUUCGCAUAGCGCCGACAGGCAAUUAAUUCAAAAGAGUUACUGGUGGGUUUACCGCGGACACAGUCAUGAACUGCGGAAGGACCAUGUAGUCAUACUAGACAAUGAUUCACCAGUAGAUAAAACAUAUUCCCAAGUGCAGUGCUUCCCGCUGCUCUCUUACCUGCUGGCGCUUAAUGUUUCUACAGUCGACCUUCUCUCGUUGGACGUACAAGGCACCGAAGUCCUCAUCUUGGACUCCCUCUUAAAGUCGAACAGCAUCUCCGUGAGAGUCAUCGUUGCUGAGGACGAGAUUGGGACAUUUGAUCAUACUCACAUGGAGAGGAUGGGAUACACUUUAGUGGCCACGGGCUUAGAUCAUAUAUACGUCAAAAAGGGGGAUGAGAUCCUCGCCCGUAACAACAUCAAGGAACGAAUUGCCAAACUGAAAGUUGAUCAGAAACGUCCUGAGAGAUAAUGUCCUGCCAGUGUAUGUUGGGGGAAUGUGGAUUUCCUGUCUCCCCCCCCCCCAGCACACACCCCGUCUCUGUCUUCACCUCCAGCACACACCCCAUCUCUGUCUUCACCCCCAGCACACACCCCAUCCCUGUCUUCACCCCCAGCACACACCCCAUCCCUGUCUUCACCCCCAGCACACACCCCAUCCCUGUCUUCACCCCAGCACACCCCCCAUCUCUGUCUUCACCCCAGCACACACCCCAUCUCUGUCUUCACCCCCAGCACACACCCCAUCCCUGUCUUCACCCCCAGCACACACCCCAUCCCUGUCUUCACCCCAGCACACACCCCGUCCCUGUCUUCACCUCCAGCACACACCCCAUCCCUGUCUUCACCUCCAGCACACACCCCAUCCCUGUCUUCACCUCCAGCACACACCCCGUCCCUGUCUUCACCUCCAGCACACACCCCAUCCCUGUCUUCACCUCCAGCACACACCCCGUCCCUGUCUUCACCUUCAGCACACACCCCAUCCCCGUCUUCACCUCCAGCACACACCCCGUCCCUGUCUUCACCUCCAGCACACACCCCAUCCCUGUCUUCACCCCCAGCACACACCCCAUCCCUGUCUUCACCCCCAGCACACACCCCAUCCCUGUCUUCACCUCCAGCACACACCCCGUCCCUGUCUUCACCUCCAGCACACACCCCGUCCCUGUCUUCAACUCCAGCACACACCCCGUCCCUGUCUUCACCUCCAGCACACACCCCAUCUCUGUCUUCACCCCCAGCACACACCCCAUCUCUGUCUUCACCCCCAGCACACACCCCAUCCCUGUCUUCACCUCCAGCACACACCCCGUCCCUGUCUUCACCUCCAGCACACACCCCAUCCCUGUCUUCACCUCCAGCACACACCCCAUCCCUGUCUUCACCCCCAGCACACACCCCGUCCCUGUCUUCACCUCCAGCACACACCCCGUCCGUGUCUUCACCUCCAGCACACACCCCAUCCCUGUCUUCACCCCCAGCACACACCCCAUCCCUGUCUUCACCUCCAGCACACACCCCAUCCCUGUCUUCACCUCCA